AUGGAUGCCUCGCUGAUCCCGCUAUGGAGCGCGCCGGUGUACGUGUACGCGCCGACGCCCUUGUUGCUGCCCGUGAGCAUGGAGGAUGCGCAGGGGACGACGUUUAUCCUCAUGCUGCUGCUCGUGCUGCUGUGUGGCUUCAACGCCGCGCUGUACGCCAUAUAUCUGUACCUGUUCUGCGGAAUUAAGCGCGACUCGCUCGUGAUCCAAGCCGCCGCUUUCGUAUCGGUGUCAUGCAGCGUCGUACUUGCCGCGAUUGCCUCGGUGGCCGCAUAUCGGCGCACGCUUAUCGAGCUGUUCACGCAGCCCGGGUUCGACAUCAACACGAUCGAGUGGUUCGUACCCCUCUUCCACACCCUCCAGGCCGUACCCGUGGCUAUCGGACAGGUGUACUUUAUCCUGCGCAUCGCCAAGCUUUUCGACACACGGCGCACGUCGAUCCGCGCCAGUGUGGGGGCGGCGAUGGUCGGAGUGAUUGCACAAUUUGUGCUGAUGAUCUGGUUCGGCAUGGCGUUCUGGACUGUCAAGUACAAGUCGCAUCUACUCAACCCGAACAAGCGACACUGGAUACAUGGCAUCAUCUCGGCAUGGGCGGUGAUGUUCAUCCUACUCGAGGUCGCCAUGACCCUCACGACGAUGGCAAGGCUCGCCAUACUGCGUCGUCAGACAAGCAUGGAUGGCGCACGCCGCGUGCUGUUCAACCUCGCCGUCUACUCGCUCCAGGGUCAAGUUCUGCUCACCACGUGCUCGUUUACCUCGGUCUACCUCUUCCAGCACUCGGCUACCGGAUGGUACUCGCCACUGUACCUCACGAGUGGUGGUCUGUACACCCUUGUGCUGCUUGCUAACCUCAUCUACAGGAGCGCGGUCAGCAACGCGAUGAGCAAUUCGCGGAUGCAGCCCUCCAUGCGCACGCAGGAGUACCAUCUUAGCCACGUCAACACCUUCCAUGCUUCGGUGCGGCCGGAUCCAGAGUCGAGCACCAGCAGCGUGAAGGACGCAAGUGCAGCAGGGGACCUCGAGCGGCCCCAGACGGCAACGACGAUCCAGUCGGUCCAUCCAAGGCAUUUUGUCCACUCGCGCAACCCUGUCCCAGCGCAUUCGAGGGCAAGCGCACCGCUGCCAGUCAUGAUCGUCACCGAGCGCAGCACCGAAGUGUCUUCACCCGCACCGUUCAAUCACCGCUCGACCAUCUAG